AUGCUGGUAGUGUGUUGCAGGCAAUAUGGAAAUGCAGCGUGGACCCCCGUUAUGAUUCGUAGGACCCCGCCCAAGCCUGCACGACUCCUCUCAAACCCUCGAGCUUGUCUAGUCUCGGCCAGGGCUGGUAUCCCUUCAUUCGAUGCCCUCGCGAUUUGGAUGUCAAAGGACCUCACGUGCCACGGGGGGGAUGACAGACCUUACAUGAGCGGACGUUUACAGUUCAACCUGUACCACGGAAGGCAUCUGCCGAUUGUCUGGCACAAUGAAAGGAAAUGGGCGCCAUGA